CUCGUUCCCUUCCUACUUUGCUUCUCUCCUUUUCUUCUUCUUCUUCUUCAUCUGCUUGCUUUAAAAACCCCUCUCAGAUUUUGCAUUUCAUCGCACCACACUAUUCACUCUCCCACCCCGCUCCCUCCCUUUUCUCCCUGCGUGUGGAAAAAAAAUGGCGUCUAGGGUUUCAAUUCUCUUCUUCGUCUCCGCUCUCGUUCUGAUCGGCGCUGUUUCGGCGGCUGAGGAGGCCGAGUCCAAGGAGUUCGUGCUCACACUCGACCACACCAAUUUCACUGACACUGUCGCCAAGCACGAUUUCAUCGUCGUCGAGUUCUACGCUCCAUGGUGUGGACACUGCAAGAAUCUUGCUCCAGAGUAUGAGAAGGCUGCGGCGGCAUUGAGCAGUCAUGAUCCCCCAAUCGCCUUGGCAAAGGUAGAUGCCAAUGAGGAGGCAAACAAGGAGCUUGCCACACAGUAUGAGGUUCGGGGGUUCCCAACUCUGAAAAUUUUGAGGAAUGGAGGGAAGGCAAUUCAGGAAUAUAAGGGUCCUCGUGAAGCUGACGGUAUUGUUGAGUAUUUGAAGAAACAGAGUGGUCCUGCUUCAGCUGAGAUUAAAUCGGCAGAGGAUGCCAGUACUCUUAUCGAUGAAACUAAGAUAUUUAUUGUUGGGGUGUUCCCGAAGUUUUCUGGUCAGGAGUUUGAAAACUACAUGGCUUUGGCCGAGAAGUUGCGGUCAGAAUAUGAAUUUGGUCACACUACCAGUGCCAAAUUCCUUCCGCGUGGUGAAUCGUCUGUGACUGGACCGUUGGUUAGGUUGUUCAAGCCAUUUGAUGAACUCUUUGUUGAUCAUAAGGAUUUUAGUUCAGAAGCUCUGGAGAAGUUUGUUGAGGAGUCCAGCAUACCCAUAGUGACUGUUUUCAAUAGCGACCCAAACAAUCACCCCUUUGUUAUCAAGUUUUUUAACAGUCCCGAAGCCAAGGCUAUGUUGUUUGUGAACUUCACCAAUGAGGCUGCUGAAUCUUUCAAGUCCACAUACAAAGAAGUUGCUGAGCAAUACAAGGGACAAGGUAUUAUCUUUUUGAUUGGAGAUGUUGAAUCUAGUCAAGGCGCCUUCCAGUUCUUUGGACUUAAAGAAGAACAAGUGCCCCUUCUCAUUGUACAAACAAACGACGGACAGAAGUACCUGAAGCCAACUUUGGGUGCGGACGAUAUUGCUCCUUGGCUCAAGGAUUACAAGGAAGGCAAAGUUUCACCGUAUAGGAAAUCCGAGCCGAUUCCAGAAUCUAAUAACGAGCCUGUGAAAGUUGUAGUUGCCGAUACCCUACAGGAGCUUGUUUUCAACUCCGGGAAAAAUGGCAAGUCAUAAAUCCAUGGAGAACUCUGUAGCUUUGUCCCUUCCUGUUUCAUGGGUUCUGAAUAUUCUGGAAUGUCAUGUUCUUUACAGUUCUACUGGAGUUCUACGCUCCAUGGUGUGGGCACUGCAAGAAGCUAGCUCCCAUUCUGGACGAAGUUGCUCUGUCCUUUGAGAAAGAUUCUAGUGUGCUCAUUGCAAAACUUGAUGCAACUGCAAACGACCUCCCCAGUGAUACAUUCGAUGUGCAAGGAUACCCGACUGUGUUCUUCCGAUCGGCGAGCGGGAACUUGGUGCAGUACGAAGGGGAUAGAACCAAGGAAGACAUCAUCGAGUUCAUCGAAAAGAACAAGGAUAAACCAGCAGUUGCCCAGCAACAACAGCAGGAAGAAGUAUCCAAGGAGGAACCAGCAAAAGAUGAGCUCUAAACUAGCUUCUGCUCUUAGGAGUUCUGUGUUCAUUUCUCCUCUGUAUCAGUUUUGGGCAAGCAAAAACAAAAUCUAGUCGGUAGUUUACCCUUCUAACUCUGCUGUCUUAAUAAUAAAAUGUUAGCUAGCCUAGCCUCUAUAGGUUUUGUAGAAACAGAAAGAUGUUGCCUAACGUGAGUUCUCUGAUCUUUCCCUCACUUCCUAGUUGUGCUUGCCUGUUCGGUAAACCUACUAUCACUCUAUCAGCCAUUCCCGUAACGAAAAAUGUGGGUCAAUAGUUGAGGCAUCAAUCGGGUAGGUUCGAGUUGGGUUGAGUUGGGUUUAGUAGGAGGAAUGUAGGUUAUGCAUUUAUCAGGUUGCGAGUCAAUUGGGUAGGUUUGCGUCGGGUUUAGUCGGAUUGUUGGUUAGGAGUUAUUAGGUUGUGAGUUAGUUGGGUUUGGGUUCAUCGGGUUGUGGAUUAGUCGGAUUGCAAGUUAAUUGAGUUGUGGGUCAGUUGGGUUAUGGUUAAUUGGGUUGCAGAUCAGUCGGGCUACGAAUUGAUUGGGUUAUAGGUCAGUCGGAUCGAGUCAAUCAAGUUGCAGGUCGAUCGAAUUACGGGCAAGUCAAGUUAUGAGUCUACCACAUCUCUGCCUCCAAAUCCCGGAGAUAAACCAGCUCCAUAAAACCCCAAUCAACAAGCCAUCAAAACAUUAUUUUGUUCAGCAAUGGAACUUACCCAGUCUAGCAUACCACUCCACUCCUCAGGCGAAGUAAAUCUGUUUAUUAAAGAGCACAACACAGCCCUACAAAAAGAACACUUGCAGAACAGGUCCUCUCUGGUUUCAGGUUCAGUGUUGCAUAGCUGCACUUGUCUUCAUAAACAGUCCCCCAGACCUUCAACUUCUUUGAAAGGGUAUAUAUGUCAUCCAAUAUUGGGUGAUUGCAAGCAGGGCAGAUGAGUUCCUCAAUUUGCAUGGAAUCUGGCUCUAUUUCUUCAAAAUUCUUUGUCACAAAUAACUGUUGGUAGAACUUUACUGCUGCAUCAGCAAUUUCACCAGUAUCUGUUAUUUCCUCCCUUGUCUCCAGGACCAAUCUUCUAAUCUGUUUUCUUGCUUUCCUUAUUUUGAUAGUAUAUGGUGGGGAAAAAGAUGUAUUAUAGUC